AUGUCUUCUUCUUCCUCCACCGUCGCCUUCUUCGGCGCCACCGGCGGCGUUACCAAUGCCAUCCUCGUGCACACCCUGAAGGCGGGCUACAAGGCGAGCGCGCUGGUGCGCACGCCUCAAAAGCUACGGGACCAGCUUCUCGCGCAGGGCCUCUCCUCCGAGACCCUCGACAACCUGACCAUCGUCCAGGGCAACGCGCUCGACGUCGCGGCCGUGCGGCGCACGCUCUCGUCGCCCACGGCGGGAGGCCUGCCAGCAGUCGUGGUCACGGGGCUGGGCGGCACGCCGCGGCUGCAAUUCAACUGGCGCCACCCGUUCCAGAUCGCAGGCCUGGACAACCCGCACAUCUGCGCGACGGCGGCGCAGACGCUGCUCGCCGCGAUGGGCGAGAUCUACGCCGAGAACCCGGCACUCAGGGCCACAACUGAUCAGAAGCCGCUGCUGGCCUUCGUCUCCACGACGGGCAUCACGCGCGGGCCCGAGGACGUCCCCUUCUUUAUCCGCUUCCUGUACCACCAGAUCCUGACCGUCCCGCACGUCGACAAGCGCCGCAUGGAGGACCUGUACCGCGGCGACGCCGCCUCCGCCGACCCAGUCUUCCGGAACGUCGUCGGCGUCAGGCCCACCUUGCUCUCCGGCGGUGCGGACUACAGGGACGCCGCGGGCCUGGAUAAGAUCCGCAGCGGCACCGAGGCGAAGCCUGCCUGCGGGUAUGUCAUCAAAAGGGCGGACGUCGGGGCGUGGGUUUACGAGAAUGUGGUCGGUGAGGCGUUGCAGGGGAGGAAGGGCAGGUGGGAGGGUGAGAUGGUCAGCUUGACCAGCUGA